AAAUUCAAGAUGGAUGGAAUCACAGCGGCAGCGGCGGCUGCGGCGCGCGCGAGCCGAGUGUGAGCGGAAAGGGGCCCGGCGUCUGCCUCGGGGCUGAAGACCGAAGACAUGAAGUAGAAACAAUCCAGGCAGGCUUUGGGAACCUAUUUGUGUGCGAGGAUCAAAUUGAUCUGAAAAAUACACUGAGGAGAAAGUACACCCAGCAACAAAGUUCGCCUUAUCUGACAGCAGAAGAGCAGAGAAAUCAAAAGUUUUUGAGGAUUCGGUCUACACAGCCACCAGCCACAAACAGUCUUGCUGGAUUAUCUUGUGAUUGUCAGCAGUUGUGAUUUUCCCCCUUUUACUUACAUUCUUGAUGGAGCAUUUUAUAUUUUUAGAUAAACUCAAGCCAUGGAGGGAUUACUGCAUUACAUCAACCCCGCACACGCCAUUUCUCUCCUAAGUGCCCUGAAUGAGGAGCGUCUCAAAGGACAGCUGUGCGAUGUGCUGCUGAUUGUUGGAGACCAAAAGUUCCGAGCUCAUAAAAAUGUCUUGGCUGCCAGCAGCGAAUACUUUCAGAGUUUAUUCACAAAUAAGGAAAAUGAGUCACAAGCUGUAUUUCAGCUUGACUUCUGUGAGCCAGAUGCUUUUGAUAAUGUUUUAAACUACAUUUAUUCUUCCUCUCUAUUUGUUGAGAAGAGCAGCCUUGCUGCUGUGCAAGAACUUGGCUAUAGUCUUGGGAUUUCCUUUCUGACAAACAUCGUUUCUAAAACACCUCAAGCCCCCUUUCCAACGUGUCCUAAUAGAAAAAAAGUGUUUGUAGAAGAUGAUGAAAACAGUUCUCAAAAGAGAAGUGUCAUUGUUUGUCAAAGUAGAAACGAAGCACAAGGAAAAACUGUUAGUCAAAAUCAACCUGAUGUAAGCCAUACUUCCCGGCCCUCUCCUAGCAUUGCAGUCAAGGCUAAUACCAAUAAGCCACAUGUCCCAAAACCAAUUGAACCGCUUCAUAGUUUGUCAUUAACUGAAAAGAGUUGGCCGAAAGAUAGUUCUGUGGGAUAUGCAAAGUCUCUUGAGCAUUCUGGAUCUUUGGAUGAUCCUAAUAGAAUCAGUUUGGUGAAAAGAAAUGCAGUAUUGCCUUCAAAGCCUCUGCAAGACAGAGAAGCUAUGGAUGAUAAACCAGGUGUGAGUGGUCACCUUCCAAAAGGAAAAGCUCUAGAGCUGGCUUUGAAGAGACCACGGCCACCUGUUUUGUCUCUUUGUAGCUCAUCAGAGACUCCCUAUGUAUUAAAAGAAACUAACAAAGGAAAUGGUCAAGGUGAAGAUAGAAACUUGUUGUAUUAUUCAAAGUUAGGCUUAGUGAUCCCAUCCAGUGGAUCUGGUUCUGGAAACCAAAGCAUUGACAGGAGUGGCCCACUUGUUAAGAGUCUCCUCAGACGGUCUUUGUCGAUGGAUAGCCAGGUUCCUAUCUAUUCACCUUCCAUAGAUUUGAAAUCUUCCCAGGGAUCAUCUUCGGUGUCCAGUGAUGCACCAGGGAAUGUGUUGUGUGCUUUAUCUCAAAAGUCAUCUUUAAAAGAUUGUAGUGAAAAAACAGCCCUAGAUGACAGGCCUCAAGUGCUACAACCGCAUCGCCUCAGGUCCUUUAGUGCUUCUCAGUCAACAGACAGGGAGGGAGCCUCCCCUGUGACUGAGGUGCGCAUAAAGACCGAGCCCAGCAGCCCGCUGUCGGACCCCUCGGACAUCAUCCGCGUCACUGUGGGAGAUGCGGCAGCAACAGCAGCUGCCUCAUCUUCGUCGGUCACAAGAGACCUGUCUCUGAAAACAGAAGAUGACCAAAAAGACAUGAGCAGACUCCCAGCAAAAAGGAGGUUCCAAGCGGACCGAAGAUUGCCGUUUAAGAAGUUAAAGGUGAAUGAGCAUGGGUCUCCUGUGUCAGAAGAUAAUUUUGAGGAAGGCUCAAGCCCUACUAUCCUUGAUGCAGAUUUUCCAGAUUCUGAUUUGAAUAAAGACGAAUUUGGUGAGUUGGAGGGGACGAGACCAAACAAAAAAUUUAAAUGCAAACAUUGCCUUAAGAUCUUUAGAUCAACAGCAGGUCUUCACCGUCAUGUUAACAUGUACCAUAACCCAGAAAAGCCCUACGCUUGUGACAUCUGUCACAAGAGGUUUCACACCAACUUCAAAGUGUGGACACACUGUCAGACCCAACACGGCAUAGUGAAGAACCCAUCACCAGCCUCUAGUUCACAUGCUGUUUUGGAUGAAAAAUUCCAAAGAAAGCUGAUUGACAUAGUGAGAGAGAGAGAAAUUAAGAAGGCCCUGAUCAUUAAGUUAAGGCGCGGCAAGCCUGGUUUUCAGGGACAGAGUAGCUCCCAAGCGCAGCAAGUCAUCAAGAGGAACUUGAGAUCUCGAGCCAAAGGAGCUUACAUUUGUACUUACUGCGGAAAAGCGUACCGCUUUCUCUCUCAAUUUAAGCAGCACAUAAAAAUGCAUCCAGGAGAAAAACCCCUUGGAGUAAAUAAAGUUGCUAAACCAAAAGAGCAUGCUCCUCUUGCAAGUCCAGUAGAAAACAAGGAGGUUUACCAGUGCCGUCUCUGUAAUGCUAAGCUCUCUUCUCUCCUAGAGCAAGGAAGCCACGAGCGGCUGUGCCGGAACGCGGCCGUCUGCCCUUACUGCAGCCUCAGGUUUUUCUCGCCCGAGCUGAAGCAAGAACACGAGAGCAAGUGUGAGUAUAAGAAGCUGACCUGCCUCGAGUGCAUGCGCACCUUCAAGUCCUCUUUCAGCAUCUGGCGGCACCAGGUUGAAGUCCAUAAUCAGAACAACAUGGCACCCACCGAAAACUUUUCUUUGCCCGUUUUGGACCACAAUGGUGAUGUAACUGGUUCUUCAAGGCCCCAGUCCCACCCUGAGCCCAAUAAAGUAAACCACAUCGUCACCACGAAAGAUGAUAACGUGUUCAGUGAUUCUUCAGAACAAGUUAACUUCGACUCGGAAGAUUCCUCUUGUCUCCCUGAAGAUCUUAGUCUUUCCAAGCAACUGAAAAUCCAAGUCAAAGAGGAGCCUGUGGAGGAGGCUGAGGAAGAGGCACCCGAGGCCAGCACAGCCCCCAAAGAAGCAGGUCCUAGCAAAGAAGCCAGCCUGUGGCCCUGCGAGAAGUGUGGGAAGAUGUUCACAGUGCACAAGCAGCUGGAGCGUCACCAGGAGCUUCUGUGCUCUGUGAAACCAUUUAUUUGUCACGUGUGCAACAAAGCUUUUCGCACUAAUUUUCGACUCUGGAGUCACUUCCAGUCGCACAUGUCUCAGGCUUCAGAGGAAUCGGCACAUAAGGAAUCUGAGGUGUGCCCUGUUCCCACAAACUCUCCCUCUCCACCGCCUCUGCCACCGCCACCGCCACUGCCCAAGAUCCAGCCUCUGGAGCCUGACAGCCCCACAGGCCUGUCCGAAAACCCAACUCCAGCCACAGAAAAACUGUUUGUGCCCCAAGAAUCAGACACCCUUUUUUACCAUGCCCCACCCCUUUCAGCAAUCACAUUUAAAAGACAGUUUAUGUGUAAACUUUGCCACAGGACAUUCAAGACUGCAUUUAGUCUUUGGAGUCACGAACAAACACACAAUUGAAAGACCAACACUUUUACCUAUGGGAGGCAGUCCCCAGAUUUCAACCGGAAUUGUGAAAUGUGUCAUAAGAAACAAAAUAUUUUUUAAACAAGAAUAAUAAAGGUUGGAGAUUGUUACACUUGAAAUUAAGUUUGAGACAAAUUGAUAAUUACUUAGUAAAGUCCUUAAUCAACUUUAGAAAUACACCUUUUAAAAUAUUGUGAUUCUGGACCUUACAAGAACAAGAUGGUUUGAUUUCGUUAAUGUUGAAAUUUGAUUAGUCUUGAUUGUGUGCAUGGUUCCUCAUUCCAUGGUGUCAAUAUAAUCAUUUAAUUGAGGUUUUUGGUUUUUUACUGAUUUGUAAUUAGUGGAAUACUAUCAAAGUAUUCCUUCUUUUGAUUAUUUUAGACACUUGAGUUCUAGUUAAAUCUUAACCAUGUUCUUAAGUCCAAAAUAUAUCAGGAAGAAGUGGAGUAGUUUUCUGUAUUGAUUUGUAUCUUAGACUACUUUAGCAAUAAAAGAUAAAUCUCAACUUUGAUAAGUUAUCCUGACACUUGAUAAAAAUAAAUAUUUGGUAUUUUGUGGUCAUGUAGAACUUCUUUUUGUAUGACAAUUGUGAGAAAUUUAAAUCAGCAAUAGUAACACUUAGAUCUUUAUAAACUAACAAAAACUUGCUUUCAGCCAAUAUAAUAAACGAUAAACUCUAAGGAAGACCUGGGAAAUGAACGCAAUUUAUGGAAGUCCCCUACAGUCAGUUUAUAAGGGUUUCAGUAGUGAUAGACAUUGUGAUAAAAACUUGUACCAUGUUACAUGUACACUGCACCACAGUCUAAAUUCAGACCAGCAUUUGAAGGACUGCAGAUGUUUCAUUUCCUCUGAUUUAUGCUGUCACAAAUUGAAAAUCUGAGUGUAGUUAGGACCAAAAACAAAGCUAACCAUAUGGCACUAAUUUUGAUUUUAACAUUAGUCUAAAAAAUAAGGUCGGGACAUAUAUUUAAAUAGAUCCCAGAUACUCAAGAGUUAGCACAGCUGAUCUAAAAUUCUAAAUUACCAUUUACUUCUAGAUAAUUCAGAGCAGAGGAGAAACAUCUCACUGCAGUUUCAACAUGCUUUUCAAGAACAAUAUAUACAACAUAUACAUUUUCCUGCCUCUCUUUUGUGACAGUUUCUGUUAGAAUUUUUUGGUGGUCUGGUGGUUAAAAUCAGCAAGGCCAUUCUCUACAUCAUUGCUUAAUAUUUCAGAAAUAGAUAUUAAAGCACUAUCAGUGGUCCAAAAUUAGUUUUCGCUACUUAUUUUGGUCUGUGGGUUUUGAGCUUUUCAGAGAAUACUAUGUAUAAUUUGUAAUUGAAAGCCUUUCAAUAGGAUAUCCAAAGUUCAGUGUGGUGUUUCAAAAGGGAAAAUUUUUACUUGUAGGGGUGGGAAUUAGAUGUAUUUAAAAAAAUGAAACUAUAAAAUCCUUUUAAGAAAGUAAUACCAAUUUAGACUCUAGUUUGUGUUACAAGGUAUUCUUUCAAAAUUUUUUAAAAAGUCAACUACUAUCAUUAAGAAAUAAAUUUAAAUUUGUGCUGUAGCAGAAAAUAACUCCGUACCCAUCAGUCUUAUUGCCAACAUUCCAUCCCACUGGGAGGAAAGAGAAUUCUCAUUUUUUUAUUGAACCAGACAUUUUUAUAAAAUACUGAUUGACUUUGUACAUUAUAGAUAUUAUAUAUGAAAUUUUGCCUUGUAUUCUUUCACUUGAAAAAACUCCAAAAUUCCACAUUUUAGUAGUUACUUCCUAUUCUUUCUUAAAUUUGAUGGAGAAGGGAAAAUAAAUUGCAGUUAUUGAUUCUUGCCAUCUUUGUUUUCCUAAAGAAAUCUAUGCAUUUUAAGGAUAAAACUAAAGCAUAUGGCUUUACAUGAAACAUCAGGAUGGAUUAUUGUACAUUGAAUUCAUUCCCCGUAUAAUGUGGUAUUUCUUACUCUGACCAUCUUAGUAGCUGUCACUUCAGAAGAAGACAGUUUCCCUGAGUGAUCAUCACCUACAUGGCCAUUAGAGUAUCUAUUGGUGAUAAUUCCAUGAUACAGAGUAUCUUGGCAUUAUAAAUUCAGUAUCCCAGGACUUGAACCUUUAUGCUACAUUUUUGAAGAUUUUUAAAAAAUAAUAUUGUUAAUCAGUAAAAAAAAAAAAUAUUUUUGAUCUAAACAUAGGUUCUGCAUAUCUGUUAGAUUUUAAAAAUGGUGUUUUGUCUUCACAUUUUUGUCUAAGCAAGGAAUAUAAGAUUUCAAAUAAAAUUUUGAACCAAAAACAUUUAUAAUGCCGUUCUGGUUUUUCUAUUACUUUUUAUACUGUACUUUAAAAGCAUUAGGCUGAAAGAGUUUAUUUUGGUGGUCAAAAAAAAUAUGCUUCCACUCAUGUAACUAUUUUAAAUGUUAAGAAGUAAAAUAAUGAAAGAUAUGUUAAUUACUUUAUUCAGUAAAGUUUUUUAAGAAUGUUUAUCUCAGCCAGUAGGCAAAUACUUGGUGUAAAACAAGUUGGUCUUAAAUUGUUGCAACUCAUUAGCUAGUGAAGAUAUUCAUGUAAAUAUCUUUUAGGAUUGUAAUUAAUUUUGAAAAUGUAGAAAGGUCUUUAUUCCAUGUAAGUAUGCAGGAUGCCUGCUUUUUUAUGCAGUUGUGGAAAGAAUGUAAAAUGUUUUAAUAUAUUCUUUGUUAAUCUGAGAACUUGAUAUUGAAUCAUUUUCUUUAUGUGGGAGAAGGAGGGAGUAACAUAAAACGUGUUUUUAUCACUCAAAGUAAGCAAUGGAGGUAACAAAUAUUGUGCAUUUUAACAGUAAUAUUUGAAGAUUUGUAGAAUAUUCACCUUUAAAACUAGUUAGUAUGCAUUUAUAAAUUUACCAGAAUAUACAACUAACAAUUCAACAGUGAUGUUCUUUACAUUUGUGGGGAGAUAUGUGAUGUUCUUGGUAUUCUGGUUUGGAAUGGAAUGUUUAUAGCCUUGCCAGUAAAAAUAUGCCCCAGCACUUAAUUAGUGACCGUUUGAAUCCAUAUGUAGUCCCAUGGUGCUAAUGAGAAUAGCUGCUGUGAAACAGGAAUAAAAUAUGUCUGUUCACGGAGGUACAGUGUGGCUGCAUCUACAAAGCCAACUGUCUGAUCAAGGUGAGGGAGAGAUGUGAGAAUUAACAGAUCUAAAGUUGGCCUUUGUUGCCUCAAAUUGGGUUUGUACACACGUGCAUGCGUGCGUGUAUACAACUGUAAUCUGGAACUUUAAGAAGUAAAAUUAUUUGAAAUUUCUUAGUAAAAAGUAAUUAGGUAUAAUUCCAAAUAGAUUUCUGUAUAAAUUUUAUCUAACUGGAUUACAAGUCAGUUUGUCAAUUUACGAUGUCUCAGUGAUGUUUCUGCAAUAAUUGUGAAAUGCAUUAUUGAUUUAAAUAAUGCUAACACAUUUUAAAAGUGUUCUUUAACACUGACUACUAAACUUUAAGUUUUAAAAAAUAGGUUUUCAUUUAUGGCUUUUUGUGGUUUUAGCACUUUAAGAAGUUUAAUUUUUGUAAUUUUUAAUAUGCUCUUUCAGUGCAUCUCAGCAGGUACUCCAGCUUAUGGCAUUCCCAUGUGACUCGGGGGAAGACAAAGUCGGUGUUUAGAUUCUGGAGGAGAAAAAAUGAGUUACAAUGUCAGGUGUUUUUAAAAAUUCCUUUUAGAGACAGUCUUUUGGGAACCAAAGCAUUUUACUGUAAAUCUUUAAAAUAACAGAAUUCAGUGCUCUUUCAUCAUUUGUUAGUGCUGUCCAGAUUUUUCACACAAUUAUACUCAGUUAUUACUAAUUUUCAGAACAUUAGUCCAAGGCUAUUUCAAGUUUUCCGUUGAAUAUAUGCUUAUGGUUAAAAGAAAAACAAAUGAAUGGUUUUAUAAUUCUGUAUAUUUUGUCAUAUGCCUUAGCAGAGUAAGUCAUUUUUCAGUUUUACUUAGGAAUAAGCUUUUUCGAACUGAAAAUUCAUGGUAAAGUAGGAUUUCUAUCUAAUGUUAAUCCAUUGCUUAUUUGUAUUCAAUUCUUUUGUCUGUUUACUUUGCUUAAAUGUUGACUAAGAAUGAUUGGAGUCAAUAAAUUUGUACUGUAUUUUGCUU